AUGAAAUCCUUCAUCUCCCUCGCCUUGGUCGCUGGCACGAAUGCCAUCGUGACUCGAUGGGCACCCUGUUGCUUCCACUUGAGCGCGUCUGGUGCUAUCACUGGCACCGUUGGCCAACUCGAUGACGGCCAAAACCGUGUCAAUGGAGGUCUCUCUUCAGCUGAAUUCUGUAUCGCAGAUGGCGCAAUUAAGGACACCAAUGGACGUGGCUGCAUCAUUACUCCCCAAGUAACGCAAUACCAAUGCGAUGACGGCGUACCUCCAGCAUCAGGAUUCAGUAUUGGGAGUGACGGAACCCUCGCUUACAACGGGGGAACAACUUUCUGGGAGUGUCAAACAGGACAAAAUGGCGGAGUCAACAUCUACAUCAAUCCAGGCGGCACGAACUGUGGCAAGAUCACACUCAAAGCCGACGCCUGCUAUUCUCCUCCUUCUACACCACCACCAACCCCACCACCACCCGGAUGCCCAACCAACAUCGACAGCCCCUGGGGCACAUGGGAGUUCCCGCACCUACUCCUCCCCAUCGACGCCAGUAACCCUAGCCAGGCGUCCGGCACCAGUUACUUCGGCGAGGUCUCCCCCAGCGGCGGCAUCUCCAGCAUCUACAACUUCGACAUCCCCGCCGCCGACGCCGGCAAGACGUGCUCUCUCAUCUUCCUCUUUCCGCGCCAGGACCAGCUCACGACCUCUUCCUUCACCUUGAGCGGCAACGGCGCCGUCUCCUUCGCCCAGCUAACCGGCAUCGCCACGACGUCCACGUCCUACGCCACGGCGCCCGGCGUGCAGACGGGCUACGGCACGACGGUCCUCGCGCCGGGUAACUCCUACCACAUCGCCGACUUUCCGUGCCCGGCUGGGACGACGGUUAGUUAUAGGAUGGAGGCCGUCGGGGAUACUCAUCUGCGGUACUUUCAGGAUUGGAACCCUUCGCCUAUCGGGCUCUAUAUUACCAAGUGCUGA